AAAAAAAAAAAAAUUUAAGGAUCACAUAGUAUUUAAAGUUCUCUCUUUUCCACGAAAUUGACAAUGUCCACCGGGUUAACUGUGCCCACUGCUGAGCAGAUCCGUGUCCCUGAGACCCUCUUAAAGAAGAGGAAAAACCAAGAUAAGAUUACUGCGGAGAAAGCUGCUGCUCUCGCAGAGAAGCGUAAGGCAGCCAAAGAGACCCGUAGAAAAAUCUUCAAACGUGCUGAAAGAUACAUUAAGGAAUAUCGUGCUGCAGAGCGUCAAGAAAUCCGAUUGCGUCGUCAAGCAAAGGCAUGUGGUAAUUUCUAUGUUCCGGCUCAACCAAAGUUGGCCUUUGUUGUUCGUAUCAAAGGUAUCAAUCACAUACCACCUAAGCCACGCAAGAUUCUUCAACUUUUGCGCCUCCUUCAAAUUAAUAAUGGAGUUUUUGUUAAAUUAACUAAGGCAACCAAGCAAAUGCUUCAAUUGGUUACACCCUAUGUUGCAUAUGGUGAGCCCAAUUUGAAAUCAGUUCGAGAACUCAUCUACAAACGUGGAUACGUAAAAGUAAACAGGCAGCGCAUUCCUAUAACCGACAACGCUAUCAUUGAACAGAAUCUUGGAAAAUUUGGUAUUAUUUGUGUUGAAGAUUUGGUUCAUGAGAUUUUCACAGUUGGGCCAAAUUUCAAACAGGCCAAUAACUUUCUUUGGCCAUUUAAGCUUUCCAAUCCUAAUGGUGGUUGGCAUACUAGGAAGUUUAGACAUUAUGUUGAAGGCGGUGAUUUUGGUGAUCGUGAAGAUCGUAUUAAUGAAUUAAUCCGUAAAAUGAAUUAGGACUUUUUAAUUCUCUGACGAAAACAGAAUAAAAUAU